UCUUUUCCUCACAUUUGCACCAUUAUUCAUAACUACCUAUAUUUUCACACGCCAAACUAUUAUAUAUUUUCAUAAUACACACAAAUAUAUAUAGUGUCAAUGGAUAUCUUUUCAUAUUUUACCUCAGAAAAGGUGAGUUUUGAUGAUGAAGAUGAAUUUGAAGACGUUGGAGAAGGAACUGCGCUUUCAUUGAUUGCGGAUGCAUUUGAAGAGUUAUCGGAUUCGAUUAAAAAUGGGAACAAAAAUGAUGCUUCAUUCGAGUUGCGUUUGAAGCCUUUUUGUGAUGCUUGUUCUUUGGUGUCCGUGUUAUUUGGUUCCCUUGGAAUUGCUUUCAAGUUUGCUGAGAUGGAAUACACAUCCAAGGUGGGCGAUCUUUCUGAUGCAUCAAGUAUGUAUGGCACUUUGAGUAAAGUAAUUGAUUGUGAUGUCAAAACUGACACAGUGAAAUCAGCUGAAAGCCUUACUCGUAAGCUUCGCAGAGUUAGGCAGGGUCUAGAUCUUGUUAGAGAGUUGUUUCAGAACUUUUUGUCAACAGAUGACUACUCUCUGAAAGAAGCAGCUUCAACAGCUUACAAACAAGUUUGUGCACCGUAUCACACAUGGGCUGUUAGGACUGCAGUGUCAGCUGGAAUGUGUGCUCUUCCUACUAGAGAUCAACUCUUGCUGAACCUCAAUGAAUCUGAUGAAUCGGCGGAGGAUGAAAUGAGAAGGUAUAUAAAAGCGUCACUUCCAGUAAUCAAGUACGUAGAUGAUCUGUACACUUCUAGAGGAAUCACAUUGGAUUGGUAGUAUUCUGUUAUAAGAGGAACUAUGUGCAAAUCCAAUCAACUGUCUGAUAUAUUCUCCACGGAAUACCUCUCUUAUGUUAUAUGAUGCUCCACAUCUGUGUGCGUUCUUAUUCUUUCUGUAUAUUGGCCAUUCUUUGUUACAAUUAAGUAACAUGUAUUAGUGUUAGCUAGUUUUGAUAUUUACCAUUGGCAUUCCUGGUGUAGAUUUAUGUAUGUUUGGUUUUGACAAUUUCAUUUGAAAUAAUAUAUAGUGAAAAUCUCUACUCAAA